ACAGUUCUAUCUGUGAGCAAUGGCUGAGGAUGGAAGAGAGAAGGAGAGGAAGCAGGGUGGUCUCAAGACCAUGCCAUUUAUACUAGGAAUCGGAUGGGAACUUAAUUUGAGCACUAAGUAGGAGUCUAACAUCAUCCUCAAUCACUAUCUAUCAUAGUUCCAUAAAUCAUGCUAUUUUAAAGAUCGAAUGCCGUUAUUAGUCUCUCUCAUUAUUGAUCUCCUCUGCUUGACAAUGGGUGAGUUCUCUAUGGUAUUGCACAUCUCGCUCCUUCAAAGCAGUAUUUUGGGGCUCAGCUGUAAAGUUUAUAGGCUUUGGGGAUUUUUUUACUUCUUUCUUUCUAACCUCAAUUCAUGGGAAACUCUAUGUAGUCAUGCUCUGUUUUCUCUGUUACUCUUAAUAGAAGGAAUUAGAACAGAUGCGACGUCAUGAUAUCUGGCGUUUACGACUUGGUUUCAUCAUGCCAGGGAAGUGAUCUCAACUUUAACAAGUUUUUACAUAAUCAAAAAAGGAAAAACUCCGACAAACUUUAUAUUAUGGUUCCCCUAGUAGCAUUCAACUAUUUUCAUGGAGCUUAAAGGACAUCAAUUUCCUUUCAUAUUUAUAAGAUUGCUCAAUUUAUACUUCCAUGCAGCAAAUGAAAUCUGCGACAGAUUUGCCACCUCGGGAUUCAGUGCAAACAAGAUCACAUACUUAACCCAGCAGCUUCACAUGCCUCUGGUUCAGGCGUCAAACACCCUCACCAACUUUGGUGGCACGUCAAGCCUGACACCUAUCGUCGGCGCCCUGAUCGCCGACUCCUUCGCCGGCCGCUUCUGGACCAUAACUGUAGGCUCCAUCAUCUAUCAGCUUGGAAUGAUGACCCUCACCAUAUCAGCCGUCCUCCCGUCGCUCCGCCCGCCAACCUGUUCCCCUCAACAACCAUGCCGGCAAGCGUCGUCACUGCAGCUCGCAGUUCUCUAUCUCUCACUCCUCUGCACUUCCAUUGGCUCUGGCGGCAUCCGUCCCUGCGUCGUGGCCUUCGGGGCCGACCAGGUCGAACUCCAGGGGGAUGCCGGCCACAAGUGGAACUUCUUUAACCUUUACUUCUUCAGCAUGGGGAUGCCUGUACUCUUGGCCUUGACUGUGGUGGUGUACAUCCAGGAGAAUGUGGGCUGGGGCUGGGGCUUUGGCAUUCCCACCGUUGCCAUGUGCCUCUCUAUAAUAGCUUUUGUGAUAGGUUAUCCUCUCUACAUUAAGAUGAAGCCUGGGGGGAGCCCAUUAACCAGGUUAACCCAAGUCCUGGUCGCUGCCUUCAGGAAGAGGGACGUGGUAAAACCUGAGGACCCUAGUCUCCUCUACGAGGAUAAGGAGCUGGAUGCUGAUAUCUCUACCACCGGCAGGCUACUUCACACCAACCAGCUUGUGUUUUUGGAUCGAGCAGCGGUGGUGGUGGAGGGUGACAUCGAAGAGUCUGGCCAACCGAGGCUCUGGAGGUUAUCGACGGUCCACCGCGUGGAGGAGCUCAAGUCCAUCAUCCGAAUGAUCCCCAUUUGGUCAGUCGGCAUCUUUGUGGUGACUGCAGCCUCCCACAGCUACACCUUUGCAAUCCAACAGGCACGUUCCAUGGACCGCCACCUUACCCCCAAGUUUCAAAUCCCCCCAGCCACCAUCUCCAUCUUCACAGUCAUGACCAUGCUCCUCAGCUUAGCCUUCUAUGAUCGGGUCUUCGUCCCGGUGGCUCGUCGGAUCACCGGAAAGCCUUCCGGCAUCACAUACCUUCAGCGCAUGGGCAUUGGCUUGGCCAUCUCCAAUUUAGCCAAUGUUGCUGCAGCUCUUGUCGAAACCAAGCGGAAGGCGGUCGCGGCGGAGCACGGGCUGCUCGAUACGCCGGACGCGACCAUUCCAAUCAGUGUCUUCUGGUUGGUGCCUCAGUAUGCGAUCCACGGGCUGGCUGACGCCUUCUCGUCAGUGGCACACAUGGAGUUUCUCUAUGAUCAGUCCCCGGAGAGCAUGAGAAGCACGGCAGCCGCUCUGUUCUGGCUUGCGGGAUCCCUCGGGAACUACCUGGGGACUUUGCUGGUGACUCUGGUUCAUGACUAUACUAAGGAAAAGGGGGACUGGCUCCAGGACAACAUCAAUAGGGGGAAGUUGGAUUACUACUACUGGCUUGUGACAGGAAUGCAGGUAUUCAACCUUGGGUACUAUAUCAUCUGCGCAAUGUUUUAUACCUUUAAGCCUUUGGAAGUAGCCAAGCCUGAGAACCCUUCGAAAGUUGUGGACGAGGAAGUUGGUGCCAAAGAAGUGGAGUUCAGCAAAGUGGGAACUUAGAGAUUGGAAAGAUGAAGUUUACCAUUGGUGUAGAUAUUGUUAUCCACUGUAGCUAAGUUUUGCCAACAAUAAUAGUAAGUAUAUUGUUGGAGGAUUAAGUAUCGUAUAUUAAGCAUAUUACAUGCAUAUAGCCUUAGUGGUAUGCUGAUCACCUCGUGAUCGUUGUAACCACCACGUAUGUAAUAAUUCUCUCUUAAUAUAUUAACAUAUAGAGAAGGAGAGCUAUUAACAAUCCAAUGGAAGCUCUGUAUCUCUUUAAAA